AUGUGGAAACUUUCACUGAUAUUAGUCCUAUGUGUCCUGCACUUGUCCUAUAUUAAAGCUCAAACGAAUCGAGAAUACUGCGAAAAUGUGUACACCGAUUGUCAGCGAUUUACGCCUAGAAUAGGGCGAUUUGAUGAGACUAUAGAUUCAUUUAAUCGACAUUGCCGUCGGGAGCGUCGAGGCAGAUGGAAUAAUGUGUCUCGAUGUGAAAUGGAAAAAGCCACCUGUCUUCUGAUCUUACGUCGAUGUGAUGAUAUGUCCUGCAAUAAUAUUGCCGAAAUCUUGGAAUUGUAA